AUGACGCGGACAGAACUCCAGCACGCUGAUUCCAUACACGAGGAAGACCCUCACAACGAACCUCCCAAGAAACAGAAGAGCAGACGCCCCGCAAACACCGCGUUUCGGCAGCAGAGACUGAAGGCAUGGCAGCCCAUUCUGACACCUAAGACUGUCCUCCCCCUCUUGUUCGCCGUCGGCGUCAUUUUUGCCCCUAUCGGCGGCCUCCUUCUAUGGGCGAGCGCAAGUGUGCAAGAAUUGAGGAUUGAUUAUACCGACUGCAUUACAACCGCAGGCACUGGCGACUUCACCACCAUCCCAGAUAGCAAAGUCCACUCGUCCUUCAAAACAACCCCAAAUGAUACGUCGUCGAAACCUGCAUGGCAGAGAUCCACGAAGACGACACACCCGCCUUGGAGCGUUGCGAUCCCAGACACCCCUGUAUGUACGCUACGGUUCUCCAUCCCCAACGACAUUGGUCCUCCGGUCUACCUGUACUAUCGCCUCACGAACUUCUAUCAAAACCACCGACGAUAUGUGAAGUCGCUCGAUACGGAUCAAUUGAAGGGCGAUGUUCUUAGCAAUCACACAAUCAGCAACAGCGCCUGCAAUCCGCUCAAACUGAAUCACGAAGGCAAGGCAUACUACCCUUGCGGGCUGAUCGCGAAUUCCAUCUUCAAUGAUACGCUGAAUUCUCCCACACUCCAAAACCCGAGUGGAACUGCGCCCGCUCAAAAGUACGUUAUGACAAACCGGAGCAUUGCCUGGGGCUCCGAUGCCUCACUUUACAAGAAGACAAAGUACACCAACGAUCAAGUCGCUCCGCCACCCAACUGGAUCAAACGUUAUCCAAACUAUACCGACGAACACCCCAUCCCAGAUUUGUCGCAAUACGAAGAAUUCCAGGUCUGGAUGAGAACAGCUGGUCUGCCCACAUUCAGUAAAUUGGCCUUGCGCAAUGAUAAUGAAACCAUGGUCGCUGGCACCUACACGAUGGAGAUAUUUGACUUCUUCCCCGUUACCGUGUAUGACGGUACCAAGAGCAUUCUGAUCUCGACAAGAUCAGUGAUUGGCGGCAAGAAUUCGUUCUUGGGUAUUGCAUACGUCGCGAUUGGCGGUUUAUGCAUCGUUCUUGGUGCAUUAUUCACUCUUGCACAUUUGAUCAGGCCCAGAAAACUGGGCGACCAUACGUAUCUAUCCUGGAACAAUGAUGCGCCGGCUACCGGAAUCCUUGCCACUGGUCGCGAUAUUCGACCUGGAGGGUCCUAA